AGCCAUUUACAGCUCAACAAGGUGGGCUAGUCUCGGGUGUGAACAACAACCCACAUUAUACCUCAUGCUUCGGAGCAACAGCACAAGUGAUUCCUGCCACAAAGUUGGUGAACCUUGCACCCGGCACUCUGCCAACUUUCGAGGGUAGUCCUGGCACUGGUUCAAGGAAAAGCAAACAAGUACCGGUACAUUGUGUACAACUGUGGUCCAAUAUAAAGGCACGAAAAGAAAUCAGCAGCUCUCUACACUUGUCAAGUAACCAAAGGUGGGCCUCAGUGUACAAGUUUUUGUAACCUAAAAACCCCAUGGAGGAAGGACAUUAACGAACAGGUGUAGGAUCCAUGGUGUAGGCUACUGCCGUGAACGCUCGACCCUACGGGCGCCGGAGUUAAAAAGCAAGGCGGGGUAGCCCUGGUGGCAGGAGCAAGACGAUGAUGAUGGCUAGUCGACGGUACCUGAGCAGGCUUGCUCAAUCCAGGGUGCUUUCAGUCACACCGUCCUCCUCAAUGAUUGAUCAACAAGUAGCAAUAAAAGCGACUGGCAUGGAAGCCAACAGCCUUGUCACAAUCAGAUCUGUUAUUGAGAAGAAAACUAAUAAAGGUUUCAACACAUUUGAGAGUCAUGCUCAUUACAAAGCGGAUAAUAAAGGAGAAGUUUCUGUUCCUGAUCAGGCCUCAUUGAGCGGAGAAUGUAAUGGAAUUGAACCCAUGGGUCUGUUCUGGAGCAUGGUGCCCUCUCCAGGGGUGCGGUUUGGAUCUCGUUAUAUCCACAGGGAUGCCACAAAGCCAAUGGUAGUUCAGCUGUCAUUGUUCGAUGGCCAUCUUGAUGCUGCGGCCUUACAGACUAAGGAACCUGAAGCUACUGCUGUUACAGAGAGAUGGUACAUGGGCAAGGACGUAGAGAGGAUUGAAGUGGAACAUGGACGGCUGAGGGGAGCUUUAUUUAAACCCAAAGGACCUGGGCCAUUUCCUGGUGUGAUUGACAUGUUUGGUACAAGCGGAGGAUUGAUUGAGAUGCGUGCCGCCAUGUUGGCUUCUCAUGGCUUUGCCUGCUACGCUCUGCCCUACUUCAACUACAGAGACCUGCCGAAGGAACUUUGGAUGCUAGAAGCAGAAUAUUUCAGGGAUGCAAUAGAUUGGUUAUGUGACCAGCCGUUUGUGGCGCCAGGAGGAAUAGGAAUAUUGGGCACCUCUGCAGGGGCCACUCUUUCUCUACAAAUGGCUUCACUUUUCCCUGAAAAGGUCAAUGCCGCAAUCAGUAUUAAUGGAUCCCAUGCUAUGACAUUCUCAAUGACACUGAAUGGAGUGGAGAUUCCGUAUUAUGGCUUUGACGAUAGAUUCUUAAACGAAACAGAGGUGAAAGGUUUAUAUGAUAUGUUUCAUUGCUGGAAGGCCUUGUACAAAGAACCUGAGGAACAUGGUUCCAUUUUAAAGGUGGAAAAUAAUCCAAAAUGCAAGUAUCUGUUCAUCGUUGGUGAAGACGAUGGGGGUUGGGACAGCUGCUUCUAUGCCAAGAAGAAUAUCGAGAGACUCGAACGGUACGGAUGCUCUAACUAUCAGCUCCUGAGCUACCCUGAAGCUGGACAUCUCCUAGAGAUACCAUGGGCACCUGUUGGCAGCAGGUUUUGGUCACCGGCUAUCGCUGUAGUAGGUAAGCAUGGAGGAACAGCCAUUGGAAACAUCAGAGCAAUGGAGGACAUGUGGCCAAAGAUUAUAUCAUGUCUACGAAGACACUGCGGUCUUAACAACUCAAAGCUGUAAAUCCUGCAUUGGACAUUUCAAGAAAAAAGAUGUCUAAACUGGGAAUGGUAUCAUCUUCGUGAACAUUCUUCCAAAAUGAUGCAGUGACAUUCCUUGCAAUUAAUGUCAAAGAGUAAAUCACAGUGUUUUUUUUUACUGACAGGUUAAGGACUUGUGCGAACCUAAUUUGCGGGCUGCGAUGAAUCAAUAAAAUAAUAUUUUUUUUAUUACUUUAUCUGGCCAUUGAUAUACAAGAAAACAACAAGCAGGUAGUCAGAAUGAGAUAAAACUGUACAGUGAUACCAGGAAAAAUCACUGUGGAAAGCGUCCUCAACUGGUAAAAAAAAACGGUCUGAAAGACUGAUGUGACAUGGAAGGUACACAUGAGAUGUUGACCUGUGUAAUGUAGAAGCACAGCAUUCCUGCACAUAAAAGGAAAGUGACGCAUGAAACUGCAAAGUCUCUGCAAAUGAGUAUUUUUUUAUUUGAAAGAUAGCAAAAUGUUAGCUGAAGCAUAAUUUAAAAAAAUAGAUAUAUAUAUUAUAGAUAAUAAUUUUUUAAUUAUAGACUUGUAAUGCGCACAUAUCCACCCUGCUGGGUGUUCAAGGCAUAAUACAUGUAGUAUUAGUAUAGGUGUUUUUGCUUGAGCUGUAAUUAUUUGAUAAAUUAAAGAAUAUAACAUUUUAAAACACUAUAAAAUUAUUUCGGUGUUAGGCCUAUUAUUCAAUGUUUUCUCAGCACCCAUAGGCCUAACAUACAACAUUAAUAAUGGAUGCCUACUUAUGAGUUUAUUGUUGCAAAUAUAAUCACAUGGUGAAAUGGAAAACCCAGAUUUUAGCCAGUGAUGUUCUGUUAAAAUGCAUAAAUUUGUAUUUAUAUGAUAUGAUCGUGUCAUGUUAUUCAUGUUGAUAAAUGUAACUUUCAGCUGAUGCACCAACAAUAUAUAUUUUUAAUACGGAAAAUUUUCUAAGAAUAUCAAAAUAACAUAUCAAUUAAAAAAAAGUUUGUACAGAAUGUGAAGUAAACUGACAUGCAAAUCAAUUUAUUUGACUAUUUUGGUAAUCGUUAUUGUCUUGCAAAUCAUGUUUUUAAAUUUGCCACCCAAGCAACAUGGCUCGUCUCUGGGAACACACUGCUUUCAGCAUUUGGAAAUAGCAAUAGUUGUAAGAAUUGCUUUUUCUUUUACGACAUUGAAGUUAAGGUUUUUCACAGUAUCAAAAAGUAAAAGGUUGUACCAAUAAAAAAGAAGUCAUUACAAAAUUCAAA